AAAAGAACACAUUUUAUGAGCUUCUUUCUAACCAAUAUUAGUUAACUACCUUCACUUUGAACACUAUUCUACACUAUAUUGCCUCUAAAAGUGCAUCAUUGAAGUUAAAUACUGCUUAUUCAUAAGAUCUUGAUAAAAGAUGCAAGUACAGCUGCUCAAUUCAUCAAACACCUGGUCUUUUUCAUCUAUACUUUGUAAAAAGCAGCUGUAAUAUUAGUACAGACACUCUGCCCACUGAGCAGUUGUGAUAUUGAGGCUGUACUUUUUAAAAAAAGUGCAGAUCUGUAUGAAAAGAACGAGUACACACGGCCGCACUGAACAGGCCCUUACUGUGUACAGAGUACUCUGUACAAUACGGAGCAAUAAUAAUGAAUCCAUGUAAAAAACGUGCCUGUCAAGCGGUCCGAGAGCGGUUCGUUCGAUCUUGAGCUCAGGAAAACUUUAGUCAUAGGAAAUGGCCCAACUGUGAAAAAAGCCGACUCUUCAGGGAUCACUUAAGGCGUGUUCGGACAAUCUUGUAUGAAAGACCCCUUUAAGCGACCUUACACACCCUAUCCAACAUUGUUUGCAUGAAAAAGGCCUUGUGUUCAUUCUGCCACCACCCUUAUCUCUUUUUGUUCUUCACUUACACAUGAUUAGACUUCAAUCAUGCAAUAUUAAACUUCAACAGAGUAUUUAGUCUGAAUAGUGAGGGUUGUAACUGAAAUAGACAAGGUGAGGAGUGUUUCAGGUCAUGUAUACUCCGUACAGAGUACUGUCAGGUCAAUAAUGGACAUCUUGUGGAAAGUUGCAACUUGUACGUGCGAACACGCCCUUAAUAAUAAUAAUAUCCGACCAGGCGAGUUCUCUUGUCCACAUGGGGGAAAAUAGAGAAUAGCCCCGCCGGCCUCAACAAUCGCGCUGAUUUUAGUGACAUACGCACCGCACGGUACGGUACUCAUGAAGCCGCCGACCUACAGCGUAGAUUUAAACGCUCAAAUGGCCGAGGAGUGUUUUUCUGCGCUUUUGGGGAGUCACCCAGUAGCCGUGGCGCUCCUAGCUGCAAGGGCCUUUGCAAGGGUCUGAAUAGGCGAGAUUGCCCAUGUGUUUUCCCCCCUGAUAUCAACACCCAUUGUGAGGGCGAACACCCUAACGUUAGGGGAUGCAUGCUGGUUCUUAAUUGAAGAGCUCCAUGUUCCUCUUCCUUUUCGUCGCGACAAACCCCAUGCCCCUGCAGACAAGCCUCACGGGUUUCAACGGCGAGCUUUUCUCCCUCACUUUCAGAAUUUGGGUUCUUCUUGUUCGUAUAGUUGGACAAGGCUACAGCUUAAAGAUUGGCAUAUAGACGCAGGAAGCGAACCUUAACAGCUAUGAAGCUUCUCCUACAGCUCCUGGCAGCAUGCUGCAUUUUUGUUUCAAUGGCGCUUGGUCAUUCUGAACCAAGCGCUGCGGUGAUAUCACCCGAAGAUAAAGUUAUUAUCGAUGCGUUGGCCGACUAUGGUGUGGACGUACUUGGUCUCGUCGAUCCAUCCGAGCUUGCUCAAUCAACAAAAAGGUCUCUAUCCAUUCCAGCUGAAAUUACUUGCCAUGUGCUCUCCGGAAUUUUCCCACUACAAGUUUACUUGAAGGACACGCCUCAAUAUACAGAAUGGCGCGGCCUCUUCUGGUCGCAGCAGCAAUCGGAAUCCAAACCUGCCUGUAUCUUCCAACCCACUUCGAGCAGUCAGGUCGCCAUCGUCUUGUUGAUGGCGCGUCUAUUGAACUGUCCAUUUGCGGUGAAGAGCGGCGGCCACGCCGCUUUUUCUGGAGCGUCCAGCAUCCCAGACGGUUUAACCAUUGAUCUGCAGCGCCUAAACACGAUCCAGGUGGCCUCGGAUAGGAAAUCUGUCAAGAUUGGCCCUGGAAACCGCUGGCUUGACGUUUAUAAAAGUCUUGAGCCUCACGGUCUGACCGCUGUUGGUGGCCGUGUGUCUAAUAUUGGUGUGGGGGGCCUGACACUCGGAGGUGGCAUUUCUUUCUACUCAGCACAGUACGGCUUCGCAUGCGACAACGUAAAUAAUUUCGAGGUUGUCGUCGCCGAUGGUCGCAUUCUCAAUGCCAACCCUGAAAGCCAUCCAGAUCUAUACUGGGCUCUUCGAGGCGGUGGUAAUAACUUUGGCAUUGUGACACGUUUCGACUUAGCCGCGUAUCCCGCUGGGGACCUAUGGGCCGGCUCACGGAUAUACCUAGCGGAUGACAACACCCGAAGACUCCUUCUUGACGCUGUGGUUAAAUUUGCCAAAGACUGGCCCUCCGAUCCCAAGGCUGCAUUGAUUUGCAACUUCGCAUAUGCCCAAGGCAUGUUCGUUGCAGCUAUCAACAUAGAAUAUACGGAGGCCGUGGAAAAUCCACCAAUUUUCAGCUCCUUCGAAGCAAUCCCCCCAAUGAUAGAUACUUUGGGCAUUAAGUCUCUAUCAGAUGUUACCCUUGAAUUCAAGGAGAGUAAUCCAGACGGCCUGCGUCAAAACUACUGGACUGUCACAGUCAACCUCGACAUCGAGAUGCUCACCUUUGCUGUGGACGCAUACAUGGCCGGCGUUGAUCCCAUCAAGAAUGUUACUGGUAUCGUUCCAGCGCUCACCUUGCAAGCCAUCACGCCCGCUAUGAUCGAAAAGAUGAGUAAGAAUGGGGGUAACGCGCUUGGCCUGGAUUCGUGUGGGAAACCCCUUCUCCUCGUGCUGGUAAACGUUAUGUGGGCCGACAAAGCGGAUGAUGAGGCCGUUCUCAAGGCCAUUUCUAGCAUCAUUAAUGCGAUCAAGUCUGAGGCCAAGUCUCGCGAAAAGCUCAACCGAUUCAUCUACAUGAACUACGCCAGUCAGUUCCAGAACGUGGUUGAAUCAUAUGGCUCCGCAAACCAUGAUCGUCUGGUGGAGGUGGCAAGGAGAUACGAUCCCUCUCAGGCUUUCCAGAAGUUGCAACCCGGGCAUUUCAAGCUCACUGGAGCUCCAGAUAGCAAUCCUCCUGCUAGCUCACCUCCUGCACGGCUAUGAUGGGCUAUGGAUUGAGUUUGACUGUCACCUGUAUACAUAAUAUCAUCAUCUUUCAUAUGUCAAAUUUUAAUAAUAUAGCUCUUUUUUUUUUUCAUAUAGAUAUGGGCCUGUCAGCCACAGCAUUCCUUUGAGCACAAGCUCUUCUGGCUGGGCUUCUCUUCCUUUAUUCUUGCCACUCAAGUGCUUGCUUUGGUGCCGUCACUUGAAUGGCAGCAUCAAAAGCUUCUUGGUCCGCCCAUCCCGACCUAGCUCUACCUUGCCGCUUGGCAAGAUAUUGGGCUGCCUACUGCCUAUCGAAAGACUAAAUAUAGGCAUCCCCCGGGUGGAAUAUCAGACCCGGGUCAAGGACCAAGGCAUACGCCGGACCAGCCUUAUGCCAGAAAAUCUGAUACUUGGCUCUCUGCCAACAUCGUCAUAGGCAUUUUUUUGGUGGCCGCGCCCCUUCACGUCAUGUAUUUCCAACUUGGAUCAACAAGCAGGGGUUAUCCAUGCCUCUCCAGCGCUAGAUAGUCACGCGGGAGAUCAAAAGCUGAUAGCGGGAUCCCGGUUGUUUCUAACAGGAUGCUAAUAGUGACAACGGGUGCUCCAUGCCCUAAUGUGUUUUCCUAAGACAAUAAUAAUAGUAACAGUUGGUCGGCCGACCGGACGGUGUAGGGAAUGGCAGAUGGGCAGGAUCAGAAUGUACUCUGACUGAGUCAUGUUUUCGCGCCGUGAGUAGUUUGUGGGGUUACAUUGAUGUGGACAUGGUUCUUCUUGUGCUGUUGCAAACACCUGAGACAAAUAAUGAGUGACAUUCCCACAUCAAGCGAUGUGACAGGUUGGAUGAUUCAGAUGUCACUCAGGGACGGCAAAGGGAGGUAAACGAGAACCCGAAAUGUCAAAGAUGUGUUCGAUAAAUGGCAAUGGAAAAGAAGGCUGGUUGGUUCACUUGUGAGAACUCCUCUUGGUGGCAAUGAAAAAGCUGUCAGCUGUAUGCCUGCGCUGCGGUAACGAAAGCAAGAUAGUAUCUUCGAGUUCACCGGCUGAAAGAAAGCAUAUAGAACUUCUGAAAGCUUUUAAGUGAUGAAUGAACUCAGGAUGACCGAAUUAUUGAUUUGGAUUGAUGUUGUAUUUCAUUUACACCCACAUGUCGCAGGGUGGAAGCGAUGGGAAUUCAUCAACGGAAGACAUGACCUGACCAGCAUCAUCAGAUAGUCUUUUGAUGCUUGGACAGCACAUGAGCGCAUUAUCAAGGAAGGUAUACGGGAUUUCAAUUAUGAACAGCCUUGGGAUUUCCAUGACGAGGGAGCUGAUGAUAAUCUUGGAACUUUGGGUGGAUAUGUUUAUGAAUGCUUGAGUUUUGGCUUCUUGAAUCACGCCCCUCGACCGGAUCUUAGUGUUCCACAGUAACAUUGCUAUUGAUGGAAGUGAGUUUUUUACAUUGGAGACUCAUAUUUUUUUGGAUAUUUUUGGUAUUUUCAUUCUGCAUCGCCAGCCAGGUUUAGUUGGCAAGCCAAGCCAACUCAACUCUCCGUUUGUGUGAUUCGAGACCAAUCCAUGUUAGAGUUCAACCCAAGCCAAGUCUGGUUUCUAGGCCCUUGCUUGUAUGUGACAACCCUGGAAUGUCAGAUCGGGGCAGCUGGGAAAGUCCAUAAUUCAGGCAUUAUAUGUGUUUUUGGGUAUUACUGAUGUGCUUCCGGGGCGUAUCGCCAAACCCUUUAUUUCCUUUUUUUCUUUUUCUUUUCCCCUCGCAUAAACGUUCUUCUGUACGCGGCUGUACCUGCAGCUGCAGUGGGGGAAGAAAGGAACUGGCGAGUCAAAGGAAAGCGGACUAGCCAGCUUUCUGAACCAGGCAAAGAAUCCUCUCCUGUUGAGUCUUAAUUUGCCAAAAUAUCAGGGAUGGGUAUCAGGCCGAAACUAGAGCGAAAUACGAUUUGAUUGGCCAUGCCCCUGUCAAAAAAAGUUAUUAGUUCGGCGCCAAACAAUGCCCAUGGUCAGAUAUUAUUUAUUUGUAGAGAACGCAACCAUGCUCAGAGAUGCAUUAACAAUGCAAAAAUAAUGAAGGGGAAUAUAACAAUCCAGAUCUUAUUAUGCGUUGGGUUGAAUGUUUGUGUCAAUACAAAAGUUGGGAAGAGAAGUUGGCUUUUAUUGUUGGAAUUUUGAGGUCAUAUGAUAUCAUCUGUCGGGAUUGUUGUGUGAUUUUUAGCCCUUAUAUAGGAAAGAAAUGCCAAGAUAAGCAAAGCGAGAGAUCUCUGUGGCGGUGCAGAAUCACUUACCUGCCACAGAUCUUGCCUGACUUGGCUGAUUUACUUGCAGUCUCACUAACGUAAUUCACAAGCGAGUUG